AUGUCACGUCCAAGUUUGGUUAAUCAGUCACCGAAUGUUCGGUCUCAAGCGGUGCAUCGUACCUCUGAUCAGGCCGCGAAGACAACAGUAACUUUACCGCCAUACGACUCUCAAUCCUAUCCCCUUUCUCUGGCGGCUAAACGCAAGCUGGAAGAACUCUAUUUGCACCAUGACUAUACUAAAAAGCAGAAACUGGGUGCACUUGAAGAAAGAUUAAAUUCUCAGGAUAAUAUGAAAGAGAAGGUAGAAGGGAAGCACAAAAAAGAAGAGGAAAAGACUCAGGAAUUACAAAAGAAAGUUGACCACAUCACGGUUAGAGCUGAGCAGGCAUUAAGAGACUUAAUCGAUCUCGGAGAUGAACUAAGUAUUCAACCUAGUAUAAUGCAAGAAGUUGCUGAAAAGGUAAAUUCGCUGCCUGCUAAUACCCAGACCCAGAAGCGACGAUCUGAUUCUCAAGGGGAUUCUUCUGAGUCUGAAUCCCUUACACACCCUGCGGGUGUGCGAUGUGUUGAUAUUCUUCGAGACAUCAAGGAAAAGCACGCGAAUGAAUAUGAAAACAAAAGCAUGCGAGAGAGAUAUGCCGAAAAUAACGAGUAUGCAAACUUUAAAGGUAUGAUUCAUGAUGCACAAAAUCAAGGCCCUAACGCUCGAGUCCUUGAACAUCCGAAAUUUUGGUUCCCUGUAAAAGCAUUAGAUAGCAACAGCUCUUCUCACAAAAGCCAAAUAAAUCGGGAUAAUGAUGAAGAUGAUGACGAAAUAGUCAUGACUGGCGUGACGACAAGCCUUAAGUGCUCAUUCACACUGCAAUACUUUGAAGAGCCAUACAGCAACAAGAAAUGUAGCCACACCUAUGAAAAAUCUGCAAUUUUGGAUUACCUGAGGACCGAAGGCGCAACUAAUAGUCAGCCCAGUCGACGUGGACAGAACAAGGGUCCUCGAACGAUUACUUGUCCAACUCCAGGAUGUGCCACGACACUUACGCCCGAUGACUUUUUUCUGGAUGAACGCAUUAAACAGCAAGUAAUUAAGGCGAAGAAGCACGAGGCUUUGGACGAUGAAGACGAUUCAGAUAUCGAUGAGUCUUGA